CCGGAUAAACGAAGAGAAUUCGUCCGAAAAUAGCGCAAUAAUGAUUAAGCCCUCCCGUACAACGCUCUCCCACAUCAGACAUUUUGAACACGUGUUUGAUGUUUAUUUCGGUUCUCAGUUUAAACUACAUUGACUUAGUCGCGUGCCUUUAGUGAUCGCGUGCGCAAAGAUUGGUUUUCGUUACCGAAUUUUGUUUCAUUUUUAAUAUGAGAUCUUCGAGAGGACCGACCAUUGUGACGGUUCCUGUACAUGGUGGAUUUAGUAGCCAGCAGGGUGGAAUAGGAUGCUGCUGUUGCCGUUGUUGCAGCUGUAUCCACUUGGACUUCUUUAGAACUAGUGCUGGCAAGUUGAAACUUGUCGAAGUGUUUCUUGGAUUUUUUUGUCAAAGUCUAGCGUUACAAUACGGUUUGGGAUAUGCGAAUACAAUCGGGCUCUCCUUUCAAUCCUUUAUUACGAACGUGACCUGGUGUUUUUUGACCACUUUGCUACUAACUAUUUGUUACGUCUUCUCUCCGAAGUCAGUUAAUUUAAUUAAAUCGUCAGUGUUUGAAACUCUCUUUAACUGCUUGGCAGCACUCACUUACCUAGGCACCUGUUCCUAUUUGGGAUACGUAGUAAACGUUGUGCUACAACCAGUAUAUACCAUAACACCUCAGUAUCAGGUUUAUCCAGCUAUGAGUGCAGCUUAUAUGGCUGGUACUAUUUUGGGACUGGUGUAUGCCUACGAUGCCUAUAAAUCUUUUAGGUAUUUUAAAGGUUAUAGAUAUUAAAUGUUACCUUUAUUUAAUAAAUUCUAGUCAGAAUGAAUUUAAGAUUUAAGUUAACAUGUUAUUAUGACAAGAAAUAUAUAUAGGGAUUUUUUUAUCUA